AGGAAAUUGUAAAUAGAUAUAGAAAUUUAUAUUAAUACUUUUCAAGAGUUUUUGAAAAACAAAUUUGUACUUGCAUAUUUUUGUAUUAUGCAGGAAGAUGUAUGUAUUCUAUUUCGAUCACAGCUUCUCGCUUGUCUCCAGGCUGAAGCUAUCGUCGCAGUAAUAAAAUUAUGAUAUAGAACUCCGUUGUUUCGCGCAAAUUAGAGAGUUCUCGUUUCUCUAAAGAUUCAUGCAAAAUUUCUGAGAAUUCCUGUCUCAUAAUCGAAAAAAAUCCCACCGAUCGUGAUCGAUAUGCGAAAACGCACACGAUCUUCAUGAUUGAUCGUGAUCGAUUGUAAUUGCUCGCGACUCGCGAGCGAAGAGCAAGAUUGAGCCUAAAAGGAGCCAAAUGGGCGCGAAACGCCGAAGAGUGUCAUCACGAUGCAGACAGAGCCCAGAAGGACGCAAGGAAUGCACGUUGGAUACUUUACCGCCGGAAAUCCUCUGCAUCAUCCUGAAAAUGCUACCGUUGCACAAUGUAGCUCGCAUCGUUCGUUUAGUCUCCAGACGUUGCUCUGACAUAGCUGCCACGGUAUUGAACAGUGAGUUUCUAGUGGCUGGCACCAAGCUCGAGAUUGCAAUAAAGCGUAUGGAAGACCUCAUGAGCAACGUAAAGACUGACACAGAAUUACUAGAGUGCAACAAAAUUUUCAACGCGCUGGAACUGAUUCGGUCCCAAUAUCGGGUGCUGAAGGCAGUCACGUGGCGGUACACCCAUCCAAGGUUUCUAAAUUCCUCAGCAUCAAAUCUUCUCUACAGGCUUUCAACUCCCAAAUUCAAUCACAAAUCUGUUUUCGCAACGAUUACACAAACUAACGGUGAAUUUUUCACUAAACCAAUUUCGCCCCAAGGAAAGAUGUUAAUAUACUGUAUAUAUGAAAAAAGGAUCAAUACUCCCUUGCUUAUUUUAUUCACGUUGAAAAGGUCGCGUUUACCCGUCUCGUGCUUCUACGGCGGUAGGAUCCUCGAUAAUCUCAAUUACCUGCUGCAGACGGCCUUUAAUCCGUGUCGCGGAUCGCAUGCCUUCAGCUACAGCGAUCUGCAGAUCUUCACGCGCAGUUGCGAGAAUUUCAUGGACCACUUCGAGAGGACCACUGAGCGCAAACUAAAUGAAUCUGCGCUGAUCUCGGGAUGUAAGAUCGUCGACGUGCUGGACUGUUUGGAGGAGGGUCGGCAGGUGCUAUCGUUCAGGAUCUCGUCGAGAACAGACAACCCCAUGGUCAGCAUGCAUCUCGAAUACGUCCUAAGACGCACAUGGUUCGCGUGCUUGCCGGUGCCUAAUUCAAGCUACGAGUACUGCUGGCGGGACAAACAGCGAUACAUGUAUCUGAGAUUACGCCGACUGGUCAGCAGUUACAACAGACAUCUGUUUCAAAAGUUGCACUACGAGCGCAAGCUCAUUCUUCGCGCGAUGGUGCCACAGUUACCGUCUCGAAGACUGCCGCCGGCCUCCACGUAUUCGGGAUACGGCGAGUAUGGGGGACAGUUCUUUUACUACGGUAACAUGAGCAAGUACGCUUACGAGAAUAGAUUCAAGUACCCGAGGGCCAGUAAUGCGGGGAACACAGGCGAGGGUCUUGAAGAGGAAACCAACAGGUCUUGCUUCGAUCUAGUCAUUGGAGUCCAAUUAAGGCAAUUCAACAAGAAUUAAGAUUACAGUAGUUGACAAAGUUGCGAAAACUUUCCAAUUUCUCCCUGUGGACAGUUUAUUUGCAAACUUUUUUUAUCUUUCCUCAAGCUAUCAAGCUGUCCCAAAGCUACUCGAAACGAAACUAUUUCUAUCAGGUUCUUGAGAGUAAAGUCUUCUCUCUCCUCGUGUAGCAAGAUGAAAUGUUUGAGAUACUAUUGCAACUUAACUCUUUUACGUUCGAUGAUAUUAUAAUUUCCUUAUGGUUUCUUUGUUCGCCAUCUUCUCGGAAACCAUUUUCUCGAUUUAAUUCAAACUGAUAUUUUUAUAGUCUCUCGGGAUUUAUACAAUAUAUUAUCAUCUUAGCACAACUGGGGAUUGUGCAAAUAUUAACACACACCGAUGGCCCCGAUUUAAAUUAAUUUUCGAUAGAUAUUUUUAUGAUAGCGAACAAAGAAACCAGGCUACAAACUCUCUCUCUUUAUAAUAAUAGUAUAGAUAAUCACCGUACACAAUAUUAUGUAAAAUAAUACAGCAAAAUUAGAGCUCAACGAGUGGCUUCUCGAGCGCCAAUGAAAGUCGAAUUUAAUACAGAAACUGUUUAUCAAUCGUGAUUUUAUCGGUCACUUAGAUGUUCGCCAGAACUGGCGCCGCUAGCAGCGAAAAUGAAUCUGAAAACUGACACUCUUGAAGGCUACAGUACGAACUCGCGUGAGGAAUUGUACCUGAAAUUGAGUACAAAAUGCGCGGUGUCCAAGACCAACAGACUGCCGAAUAUCCUUACCUGGGAGGUGCGUGGCUCUCGGAAAAACCGUUUGCAAUGUCGUUGAAUUAUAUAUAUUCUUACAUCUAAUGUACAAUAAUAUUAACCGAUUAGAUCCAUUACUAUUGUUGUAUAACUGAAGACGAAAUAAAACGGUCCGUACAUUUUAUUCAAACGCUCAAGUUCUCCAACCCCGCCGUCAAUAAUUUAUAAAAUAAAAAUGGUAGAAAAACUUAAUCGCACGGCAAAAAUUUACGCAAUUUCUCGCUUCUGA